CUUUCUCCCGCUGGCAGCAACAAUACCAACGGGACCGGUAACUUGCCGGCGGUUUCCUUCGCUCCGCGGAACAGAUCGCCAUCGCCUGCGGUGAAUUUCCGCUUUCAUAAGAGCUGGUGACUCGUGAUUUAGCUUCACUUGCGCGAAAUGACCGUUAGGCAGGAACUUCAUGGACCAAGUGCCCUCAGUGCGUUCAGCCUCCACCGUAAGGCCGUCGAGGUCUGUCAGAUCCACGACUCCGACUCUUAAUCUCAUGCCACCGAGGAAGGUGUCACCCAAAACUCCGGUUGCUGUUCCCCCGAUUGAUCCUCCUAGGAACAGAGAUAAAAGGUUUUUUGCUGAUGUACCAUCAGCGAAUUCAAAGCAGAAGGGAGAUCAACGUGAAGCUUCGGCUCUUCGUGAUGAGCUAGAUAUGCUACAAGAGGAGAAUGAGAUUAUAUUGGACAAGCUUCGUCGUGCUGAAGAAAAGUGUGAGGAGGCGGAGGCUAGGGCUAGGGAGCUAGAGAAACAGGUUGCUUCACUUGGAGAAGGAGUAUCUCUGGAGGCUAAAUUGUUGAGCAGGAAGGAAGCAGCAUUGCGUCAAAGAGAGGCAGCUCUAAGGGCUGCUAAACAGAAAAAAGAUGGGAAAGAUGAAGAAGUUGCUUCCCUUCGUUCAGAACUUCAGAGCCUCAAAGAUGAGUCUGCAACAGCUUUGGAACAGCUCACAGAAGCAGAAUCUGAAGCAAAAUCUCUUCGUACAAUGACUCAGAGAAUGAUCUUGACACAAGACGAAAUGGAGGAAGUAGUUCUAAAGAGAUGCUGGCUUGCUCGGUAUUGGGGGUUGGCUGUGCAGCAUGGCAUCUGUGCUGAUAUAGCACCAUCUAGGCAUGAACAUUGGUCAGCUUUGGCUCCCCUCCCAUUUGAGCUAGUCAUAUCUGCAGCGCAAAAGGCCAAGGAGUUGUCUCAGAAUAAAGGUGGAAGUGGUCGGAGUAAAACUGCUAGAGAUUUAAGUGAUCUAACUGGGGAAGGAAAUAUUGAAAGUAUGCUUUCAGUUGAGAUGGGUUUGCGAGAGUUAGCGUCAUUAAAGAUUGAGGAUGCUGUUGUGCUUGCAUUUGCCCAACGGAGAAGACCGAGUUUGAUUCGUCAAACUGUCUCUGAUCCCAAGGGCCAUGGAGAUCCCAAAUUUGUUGACGGAUACGAACUAAGUGAAGAGGAAGCAGAAGAUGUUGCCUUUAAGCAGGCAUGGUUGAUGUACUUGUGGGGAAGAGCCAAGUUGUAUGGUGUGGAAGAAGACAUUUCAGACGAACGCCUACACUUCUGGAUCGGUCGUUGUGGGCAAUCUCCGUCUUCUCAAGACGCUGUUGACGUGGAAAGAGGAAUGGAAGAGCUGAGGAAACUUGGGAUGGAGAAACUGCUGUGGGAAGCGUCUCGGAGAGAGAUGGAUCAAACCCCUUCAUCGUCCCUCCUCUCCCUCUCCUCUUUACAUGCCAAUUCUAUUGAAAUGAUUUUUUUUUUUUGGGCUUUGUAUAUCCCUCCUUUUUGUCCUCUUUUUACCGAAUCGUGGAUACAUAAACAUUUUGAAGCACUACAGGGUCUCUAUGUGUGCCAUACAUACCAAUCGUUUGUUGUACAAGUUAUUGUACAAUCGUUUAUAUAUACGGAUGGACAUUAUUUCGGUAUUCAGUUCGGGAUCGGAUCGAAAAUUGUUUAGUUCGAUUCUUUCGGU